AUGCAGAGACAAUCUCUUCCUCUUUCGCACUCCUCCAAGGGAAUGCUUUUAAAUUUGGCAGCGCCUAGAAGGAUCUGGUGUCGAAUACAAAACAGCACGGACAGCAUCAAUGAACCUUUUUUUGUAGAUUUUGAGGAGCUCGAUACAGUGGAUGAUCUGAAAAGUAGGAUCUUUGACAAAUUAAACGGCAGGCGAUGGCGCAAUGUGAAUGAUAACGCUUCAAUUGCCCUCGGAUUCAUAAAUUCAGGUGAUAUUGAGAACGAUAAUGCUGGACAAAGUAGUACUCAGCUCGAGUCACCGGUGUUCAUAAAUGCUAAAACUGCUAGUAAAAUGGGCGAGGAACUAUGGACGACACCGUCCACUCAAACUGAUGUUUCAACGAGUAGUAGUGAGUUAUCCGACUCAUCCAAGGAUCAAACACUGCACAUGGGGCAUGUCGAAGUCCAACGCUGUCCACAGCUCCAAGGAUACCAAUCCCAAGAUACAGAUCUGCCUCUCCCUCCCACACAAAUACCUCAUGGUUUGCAGGGAAUACUAUGCACCCCCCACAGCCAGGAGUUCCCUUUGCAUCUCCCAAAAGCAAAUCUUUAUUCCCACAUUCCUCGCAUUUACUUUCACCUUCUUUACAAAAAACCAUUGCAAUAUACUUGCGAAGCUAUCGAUGAUGCAUCAUUUAAAAUAAUAUUCCUUCCAGACCAAUCAAUAUCAGAAAUUUAUUCAGAGCUAUUUGGAUCUCUAGGUCAACAAACGGCGUCAGAAUCGCUGCUUGUUUUUUCCUCUGAGCGUUUAUCGCUUCAUGAUGUAUACACCGAUAUUUCGAACAGCGCAGAAACCAAUAAAACUGCUACGGUUCCAACAAGUAAGGACGGACAGCCUACCACGGACUCAACAUAUGGAUCAGACGAACAACUUCAGGCCCCCUACACCGAUGAUCCAGGUAGGAAAAUACAAGGGAGUACGACGCGAACGUUUCAAGGCAAUGAGGAUCAGGGGAACUUUGACUUUAACGAGGAGUUAAGCAACGCUACCCCUGAUUCCCCAAAACAGGCGGUAUUGUUACUACCGAAGGAUUACUAUAAAAAGAAUGGCGAAUGUGCUAACAACUCUGAAAAUGAGAACGACAACGCAAAUGCCGGACUAAAGUUAUCACGAUCAAGGACUGCAAGCUCAUCGUCUUCAUCCUCCAGUAGAUUGAAUUUUGGGAAGGAGAACACAGCACAAGAUGAAGCAGACAAUACAAUGACUCGUCCUUUACCCCCAUUGAGCGAGCAGGAAGUGGGUUUAUUACACCCUACCUUGGAGACCGAGUGGAGAAGACGCGUAUCCCAGGUGGGGAAACCAGGUUUGAUUAAUGAGACACCGGGUGACAUGUUUAGCUCGCAGACGAAUAGUGGCCGAACCCUCAACAAUUACGCAGAACCGAGAACCACCGUAGAGCCGACUGUGAGGCCACAGACCCCGAUCAAGCUGUCAUCGCUCCCCAUUGCGCUAAAAACUAUUCCUAACAAUGGCACAAAUACCAGCACUAGCGCAAAUGUCUUCCCAAAAAUUAAUGUGCUCAUAGUCGAAGAUAACGUCAUCAACCAAGCUAUUCUUGGGUCUUUUUUGAGAAAGCACAAAAUCUCCUACAAAGUAGCCAAAAAUGGUAAAGAGGCAGUUGAUAUUUGGAAAGAGGGUGGGCUGCACUUAAUAUUCAUGGACUUGCAGCUUCCCGUGCUAUCAGGUAUUGACGCGGCAAAACAGAUCAGAGACUGCGAGAAGAAAAGGACGGCGUCACAGAAUGCACCCGUCAUUAUUGUUGCACUGACUGCCUCCAAUUCGAUCGAGGACAAGCGGAAAGCUUUAAUAUCCGGUUGUAAUGACUACUUAACCAAACCGGUGAAUCUUCAUUGGCUAAGCAAAAAAAUCACGGAAUGGGGGUGUAUGCAAGCAUUGAUUGAUUUUUGA